CCAACCCCCGCCCCCUGAUUUUCGUCCCAGACUUCUUCUUUCCCGCCUUUGCAUUCAUGGAGGUCGCCCUUGCCUUCGUCUUUGAGUCAGACUGUCCACCACUAACAUCCUUUGGUUUGUCGGAAGAGGGAGCCGCCCCUGCAUCUGGGAAAGCAGUAGAAGAUGUGGCAGUUGUGGACGAAUUGGCAGCGAACCCCCUCUUGGCAGCAGAUGCCCUGACAGCAGCUGAUGAGGCAGCAGAUGAUGACGUAGCAGCAAAUGGCUUGGUAGCAAAUGGCUUGGUAGCAAAUGGCUUGGUAGCAAAUGGAUUGGCAGCAGAUGACCUGGCAGCAGAUGACGUAGCAGCAAAUGGCUUGGUAGCAAGUGGACUGGCAGCAGAUGACGUGGCAGCAGAUGACGUAGCAGCAAAUGGCUUGGCAGCAAAUGGUACCGCAUCUCGAAAAUUUUCCCACUGGUAACAGCCAUCUGGUAGGGGCAUCCCGCAAAUUAGGGACCGGUAGGGGCGUAACAAAGAGAUUCGAGGCCC